CACCCGACCCGUUUAGAGGUUACUCCUCAGCGCAGGAAAGAUGGCGGCCUUGGGGAAGAGAGCACAUGUGUUUGUGGAAGCGGAGAAAGAUGAAGACGACCUUGUCCAAUUUGGAGAUGAUGAUAAUGAUGAGGAAGGAAGCGAAGGGGGAUCAGAUGGUGAAGAGAGUGCUGGAGAGGAGAAUGCUUCUGUUGGUGAAAGUGGUGGUGAAGAGGCAGAGGACGAGGAUGACCAGAAUGGGGACGUGGAAGAAAACCCCAAUGCUGGCUGGGCAGAAGCCAUGGCCAAAAUUCUGGGGAAGAAAACGCCAGAUGGCAAGCCCUGUAUCUUGGUGAAGGACAAAAAAGUGGACAAACUCAGUGAGAAGAAGAGAAAAGAGAGGCUUGAAAAAAAGAAACAGGCAGAUAAAAAGAAAGCAUGGGAGAUGAUGUGUCGGGUGAAGCCGGAUGUAGUCCAGGAUAAAGAAAGAGAGAGAAGUCUACAGAAAAUUGCUACCAGGGGUGUGGUGCAGUUGUUCAAUGCAGUGCGGAAACACCAGCAGAAUAUGGAUGAAAAGAUUAAGACAGUUGGCGGCUCUGAAAGGAAAAAGGCAAAGAUCAUCUCUUCAGUAUCAAAAAAGGACUUUAUUGAUAUACUGCGAGGGACUGCUGGGGCCGUCGUACCAACUGUUAAAAAAGAACAACCUGCGCCUGAAGAGCCGAAGGAUGAGAAGCCGUCAUGGAGUGUCUUGAGGGAUGAUUUCAUGAUGGGUGCGUCUAUGAAGGAUUGGGACAAGGCUAGCGAUGCAGAGCAAGAAGAAGACGGGUCAGGGGCUGGAGAGGACCUCAACAGUGACUCUGACUGAGCCUAGCCCCAGUCUUGUUCAUGUAGUGCGCACAUUAUAACUGUAUUUUGUGUGUCUCUAAUGAGAGAAGUGGAUGGAGCAGAGUCUGUUGACCCUUCUUUCCGGCAAAAGAUUGUCAACCAGAGUUCUGUAUGUUGGGCUGUGACUGAUACUGGAUGGAACUGAACACAGGGAUUGGACGCUGUUUCUGGACACAGUGAACCUGGUUUCUCUCUCUCUCUCUCUUUUUUUUUUUUUUUUUUUUAUGGAUUGUUUCAUCAUCCGAGAGAAUUCCAUAAAAUUGCUGGUAAGCAAGGUUGUGCCUAAGCAUUGUAUAUAGUGAUUUUCUUUUUCAUCAGAUCUUUAUUCUGAAAAUAAAGACACUUUAUAUA